UUGCAUGCUAAGCACCAUUGUUAAUAAAAAAGAAAGAGGUAGAGAAAGAGGGGGGAAGAGCUUGGGAGUUGGGAGUGAGAGUGUGCGAGUUUGUUCUCACUAGUUCUUUCUCUCUACUGCACGCCUCCCCUCUCCGUCGCCUUUCGGCGCCGUCCCUUUGCUAUAACCCUUCACCUUUCGAUCCCCUUUCCCACUUUCUUUAGCAUCAUCCCAUAAUCCUUGCCCAAAGUCUGCAGAUUCUUGAUUGCUCUGAGUUCUUCGUCUGGUUCUUGGCAGGAGAGGCAAGACCAAGAAAGUUGGUGAUUUCAUGCCCAUCUCCAAUCCUCCCCAUCAAAUUUGUGAUUUUUCCGUCGGCAGAAACGAGGUGACUGACGAUUUGGUCGGAGUUCUUGAAAAGAAACCUCCAAUCCUGCGCCAUUCCUAAAUUUGGCGCUGAAGAAAGGAAGCGAAGUCGGUUGUUCGCUUAAAAUCGCAGCUUUCUCGAGCACGCGCGGCCAAGGCGUGGUUGUAGAAUCGUAGCAGAUUGGUGGUUGAGAGGAACGCGGCAGCCAGUCGGUAUGAUUCAGCUUCUGUUCCUCGUACUAUUCGCGGAGGGCGCGGUGGCGCUGCUUCUGAUGGUGAAGGUGGGGCCGCUGCGGGAGCUGGCGAUGCGCGGUGUGGACCAGGUGAAGACGGGCAAGGGCCCGGCCACCGUGAAGACGCUGGCGUGCACGCUCUCGGUGAUCCUCAUGUCCAGCGUCGCCAGCAUUCUCAAUAUCCAGAACAGGCGGCUCAAGCUCGGCACCGUCAGCCCCAUGGACCAGGUGCUCUGGAGGACGCACCUCCUCGAGGCAUCCCUCAUUGGAUAUACGCUAUUCCUUGCAUUUGUAAUUGACCGGUUGCAUCACUACCUCCGGAAACUCAUUACACUGAGGCAAACAGCCAGCACAUCAAGAGAGGAGGUCGAGAAACUUCAAAUGGAGAACCGAUCCCUCCGUGAAAACGAGGAGAAAUCCCCCAAUGAAAUCAAGAAGCUUCAGCGGGAGAUUGCUAAGCUGAAUGAGAACAUGAAGAAGCUGAAAUCCGAGACUGAGGAACACAAGAAGAAGGCAUCGGCAGCAGAGGCCCAUGUCAACGCCCUGCAAAAGCAGUCGGAGGAGCUGCUCCUGGAGUACGACCGGUUGCUGGAAGACAACCAGAUUCUACAAGCUCAGAUAUUUAACAGAGGCUGAGUUAAGCUGGUACAUGCAACUUUAGUUGAUCAUUAGCAAGAUUCCUACCAGAUGGCAUCAAAAAGCCAAGGGCUUGACCUGUUUCGAAUGAUUAUGUGCCGCUGCUCUAAAUUUUGAGCUCGUCUGUGUGAUUCAUGGUGUCCAUGCUCUUUAACUUAAGGUCUUGUUGAUGUACGGAUCUAGUGUGUAUUUUGGAGUUGUCGUUUCUUGCUUUUUGUAUGGAGGCGCUGUAAGAGCCGGGGACGAUGGGAUGGGCAUGAGGAUUAGUGGUAUGUGCAUCCAGAAUGUGCUUGGAAACACAAUUUGAUUUGAUAAUUGAGAACGAGGCCAUCGUUUCUGGAAUCCUGGAGAAGAAACGGUAUUCCGUGUGUUCUGAAACUGGGCACUGGCCCGGCAGUGUUU